GUGUGCUAGGGGUACCUGGGUGGCUCAGUUGGUUAAACGUCUGACUUUGGCUCAGGUGAUGAUCUCAUGGUUCAUGAGUUCGAGCCCUAUGUGGGCUCUGCUGUCAGCACAGAUCCUCUACCCCUCUCUCUGCCCCUCCCCUGCUCCUCUCUUUCUCUCUCAAAAAUAAACAUUAAAAAAAUUUAAAAAAGUAAAGAGUGCUAUAGCCUGAAUGUGUCCCCCCUCAAAAUUCAUACGUUGAAUCCUAAUUCCUGAUGUGGUGGUAUUAGGAGAUGGGGCAUUUUGGAGGCGAUAAGGUCAUGAGGGUAGAACUCUCAUGAAUGGUAUUAGUGUCUUUAUAAAAGAGACCCCAAGGAGCUCCCUCACCUCUUCUGCCAUGGGAGGACAUAGUGAGAAGAUGGCCAUCUAUGAACUAGGAAGGGGGAUCCUCACCGGAUAUCCGAUCUGCUGGCACCUUGAUCUCAGACUUCCCAGCCUCCAGAACUGUUCCAGAAUGAGAAAAUACUAAGAGAAGAGCCAAGCACAGUUACCGUCAACCUUACGCAGACCAUAAGCCUACCCGCGAUAUGUUUUAAGGAAGAGAUGUAAAGGAUUUUUUGAAGAGCAGAUUUCUUCUCGAUAUGACUUCAGAGACCACUUAUGCUGAAUUGAGUUUCAAAAAUGAAUCGAAGUCCUCAGGCACCAAAGAAAGGCCUCCUGCAGCUCCCAAAGAGAAGACCAGCCUGAACAAAAGUAAUCCCAGUUUUCCCAAGCUACUUUUUGCCUCAUUGCUGGUGCUUCUGCUGCUAUUGGCAAUCUCAUUUUUUAUCGCUUUUAUCAUUUUCUUCCAAAAAUAUUCUCAGCUUCUUAAAGAAAAAAAGACUGCAAAAGAGCUCCCUCACACGGAAUUGGAAUGCCUGAAAGAGAAUGUGACCAUGGAAGGGAAAGAUUGGAGCUGCUGCCCAAAGGAUUGGAAGCCAUUCAGUUCCAACUGCUACUUUAUUUCUAAUACAACGAGAAAUUGGACGGAGAGUGAGAAGAACUGCUCAGCAAUGAAGGCUCACCUGCUGGUGGUCAACACCAAGGACGAGCAGGAUUUUAUCAUCCGGAAUGUGGAUACGUCUCCUGCUUAUUAUAUAGGGCUGUCAGACCCAAAGGGAAAAAGAGAUUGGCAAUGGGUUGAUCAGACACCCUACAAUGAAAGUGUCACAUUUUGGCACUCAAGUGAACCCAGUAAUCUUAAUGAGCGUUGUGUUAUAUUACAUUUUCGUCAUCAACUGAGAGAAUGGGGCUGGAAUGAUGUUCCUUGUAAUGAACAUCACAAGUUACUUUGCAAGAUGAUGAAGAUCUACUUAUGAAUGGGACAUUCUGCAUGAACAUGUGGUUGAAUUGGAACCCACCAUUACAGAGAUAGCUAAUUUGC